GGGAGUUCAGACCUAGAUCUUUCCAGUUAAUCACACAACAAAUUUAGCUCAUUGCAAUAAAAAGCCGCUCAGAGCCGACUGGCUCUUUCAGGCACUGAGUCGGAACAGGCUUCUUCCACCCCAGGCAUCUCCUCCAGUGGGACCCGCCAGCGCCCAGCACCAUGUGGGUGACCAAACUCCUGCCAGCCCUGCUGCUGCAGCACGUCCUCCUCCACCUCCUGCUGCUCCCCAUCGCCAUCCCCUAUGCAGAAGGACAGAAGAAAAGAAGAAACACACUUCAUGAAUUCAAAAAGUCAGCAAAGACUACUCUACUUAAAGAAGACCCAUUACUGAAGAUAAAAACAAAAAAAAUGAACGCUGCAGACCAAUGUGCUAAUAGGUGUAUUAGGAAUAAAGGACUUCCAUUUACUUGCAAGGCCUUUGUUUUUGAUAAAGCAAGAAAACGAUGCCUCUGGUUCCCUUUCAAUAGCAUGUCAACUGGAGUGAAAAAACAGUUUGGCCAUGAAUUCGACCUCUAUGAAAACAAAGACUAUAUUAGAAACUGCAUUAUUGGUAAAGGAGGUAGUUACAAAGGAACGGUGUCUAUCACUAAGAGUGGCAUCAAAUGCCAGCCCUGGAAUUCCAUGAUACCCCACGAGCACAGCUUUUUGCCUUCGAGCUAUCGGGGUAAAGACCUACAGGAAAACUACUGUCGAAAUCCUCGAGGGGAAGAAGGGGGACCGUGGUGUUUCACAAGCAACCCAGAGGUACGCUACGAAGUCUGUGACAUUCCUCAGUGUUCAGAAGUAGAAUGCAUGACCUGCAAUGGGGAAAGUUAUCGAGGCCCCAUGGAUCAUACAGAAUCGGGCAAGAUUUGUCAGCGCUGGGAUCAUCAGACGCCACAUCGGCACAAAUUCAUGCCAGAAAGAUAUCCCGACAAGGGCUUUGAUGAUAAUUAUUGCCGCAAUCCUGAUGGCAAGCCGAGGCCAUGGUGCUAUACUCUUGACCCUGACACCCCUUGGGAGUACUGUGCAAUUAAAAUGUGUGCUCACAGUACUAUGAAUGACACCAAUGUCCCUAUGGAAACAACUGAGUGCAUUCAAGGUCAAGGAGAAGGUUAUCGGGGAACCGUCAAUACCAUUUGGAAUGGAAUUCCAUGUCAGCGAUGGGAUUCCCAGUAUCCUCACCAGCAUGACAUAACUCCUGAAAAUUUCAAGUGCAAGGACCUAAGAGAAAAUUAUUGCCGAAAUCCAGAUGGGGCUGAGUCACCCUGGUGUUUUACCACUGAUCCAAACAUCCGAGUUGGCUACUGCUCCCAAAUUCCAAAAUGUGACGUCUCGAGAGGACAAGAUUGUUAUCGUGGAAAUGGCAAAAAUUAUAUGGGCAAUUUAUCCAAAACACGAUCUGGACUAACAUGCUCAAUGUGGGACAAGAACAUGGAAGAUUUACACCGGCAUAUCUUCUGGGAACCAGAUGCUAGCAAGCUAAAUAAGAAUUACUGUCGGAAUCCUGAUGAUGAUGCCCAUGGUCCCUGGUGUUACACAGGAAAUCCUCUCAUUCCUUGGGAUUACUGCCCUAUUUCUCGUUGUGAAGGUGAUACCACACCUACAAUAGUCAACCUAGACCAUCCUGUCAUAUCUUGCGCCAAAACAAAACAAUUACGAGUUGUAAAUGGAAUUCCAACACGAACAAAUGUAGGAUGGAUGGUUAGUUUGAAAUACAGAAAUAAACAUAUCUGCGGAGGAUCAUUGAUAAAGGAAAGUUGGAUUCUUACCGCCAGGCAGUGUUUCCCUUCUCGAAACAAAGACCUGAAAGACUAUGAAGUUUGGCUUGGGAUUCAUGAUGUCCAUGGAAGAGGAGAUGAGAAACGCAAACAGGUUCUCAAUGUUUCCCAGGUGGUAUACGGGCCUGAAGGAUCAGAUCUGGUAUUACUGAAGCUUGCUAGACCUGCUGUCCUGGAUAAUUUUGUUAGUACAAUUGAUUUACCCAAUUAUGGAUGCAUAAUUCCUGAAAAAACCACUUGCAGUGUUUACGGCUGGGGCUACACUGGGUUGAUCAACUCUGAUGGUCUAUUAAGAGUAGCACAUCUCUUUAUUAUGGGGAAUGAGAAAUGCAGCCAAUAUCAUCAAGGGAAGGUGACUCUGAAUGAAUCUGAAAUAUGUGCUGGAGCUGAAAAUAUUGCAGCGGGACCAUGCGAGGGGGAUUAUGGUGGCCCGCUUGUUUGUGAACAACAUAAAAUGAGAAUGGUUCUUGGAGUUAUUGUUCCUGGUCGUGGAUGUGCCAUUGCAAAUCGUCCUGGCAUUUUUGUCCGAGUAGCAUAUUAUGCAAAAUGGAUACAUAAAGUUAUAUUAACGUAUAAGGUACCGCAGUCAUAGCUGAUGUAACUGUGCCUGAAAUUUCCUUCAAUACAACUCUCUUUUACAUGAGGAUUCAGAGAACAUGGAAUUAAAAUGUCACUUAAAACAAUCCUAAGACACUUGAGUGUCAUGUUUGUUAGAUACUCAUUAAUAUUUAUGGGUGUUUCCUGUUGUUUUGUUUGUGAAUGUUAUUUUGUAAAUGUUGAAGUGAAUUAAGGUACAUGCGAGUGCAGUAACAUAUCUCCUGAAGAUACUUGAAUGGAUUAAAAAAUGCAAAGGAAUAAUUGCUGGAUGAUAAAAGACUUAAUGGGAAAAUCAAUUAAUCUCUCUACACUGCUUUCCAAGGUUAGUUUCUUAAGAAUGAAUGCACCAUAAGUUAAACAUCAUUUUAACCUCACAAAAAUAAUUUAUACCUUGUUUUUUAAAAUUGUAACUCAAUAUUAAAUUAUAGUACCUUUCAUAUGCCAUACAUUAUAUUUCAUUUGUUUCUCCUUACUAUGUAUCCUGUAAUAUUAGUAUACAUACUUUUUAUAAGAACUUGUACCCAUAUACACAAGCCUGGGUACACAGGUGCAUGCACUAGAGUUCAAAUUGUGGUGUAGCUAAUGUAACCCUUAAAUAUUCUGAAAGAGUACUUACAGUUUUUCCUUAAGAAAAAACAAACAAAUGUAAAGACCAGUAGAAAUAUUAAGGAAAGGUGCAAAAUAGAAAUGACAAGCUCAUCCUGAUAUAUAAUCUGCAGAUGACCUCUAGGGUUGGCAUUGAAGGUGUGUUCAUGACCCACAAUGUUAAAUAACACCUAACCUAGGUAGCUACAUAUAUUUAUCAUCCUAGUUAUUUUAUGCAGUUUCUAAUUCUUAAAGGGAAGAGGGUGAUAUGCGUAUUAGUGUCAUUUCUUCCAAAUUUAGGGCCACAUUUUUAUGUAAGAUAUUUCUAGAUUUAUUUUCCUAUAGUAUUUUUUAAAAUCUUAGAUGAAUAUGCAAUUGAAGUUUAAAAGUAUUUUGGUAUUUAAAAUGUAUUUCAGCAAGGUAACUCUAAGACUUGCUGUGAUUGGCUUCUAACUCAUCCUCUUUAAUUUUUAAAAAGUAUUUCAGGGAAAAUUUUCAUGCCUUCAAAGAUUUGCAAAUAGCCCCUUUUCAAGUUAUUC